AUGUCUGCCAGCCCGUCUCCCUCCGCCGGUGGCGGCCCCAAAGCGUCCGACCAGAUCCACUUCCGAUUCUGUCGCGAAUGCUCCAACUUGCUCUACCCGAAAGAAGACCGUGCCACGAACCAGCUGAUGUUCACCUGCCGCACCUGCCACGUUGGCGAGCCGGCCAGCUCCUAUUGCGUCUACCAGAACAAUCUGACCAGCCAAGUCGGCGACACGGCCGGCGUGACCCAGGAUGUAGGAUCUGAUCCGACGCUCCCUCGAGCCAACAAGCUCUGCCCGAGCUGCGGUGAAAACGAAGCGGUCUUUUUCCAGUCGCAGCAACGGUCUGCGGAAACCGGGAUGAAACUCUACUAUGUCUGCUGCGCAUGCGGUAACGUCUUCGUCUGA